AUGGCUGCGUCCACUGCCUCCAGUUCUGUCCUGCAAGAUCCUAAUCGAAAAGAUUCACUCGAUCCCAGGAACGACAUAGUAGUUCAAGAAGACCACUACAUCGGCAUCGAUGUAGGAACAGGAAGCGCAAGAGCCUGUAUCAUAAAUUCAAAGGGCGACAUUGUGGGAUUGGCAUCGAAGAAUAUUGGAUUGUGGCAGCCCCAAACAGGUUACUAUGAACAAUCUACAAGUGAUAUAUGGCGUUGCAUCUGUGACAGCGUCAAGCAAGCCGUUACUCAGAACAACGUCAAUGUCAACUCGAUAAAGGGUAUUGGCUUUGAUGCUACCUGCUCCCUCGCUGUCUUCACCCACGACACAGACGAACCAGUCUCAGUGAGUGGGCCGAAUUUCGACAAGUCCGGCAACGACCACAAUGUGGUACUUUGGCUAGAUCAUCGACCUGACGAAGAGACCAAGAAGAUAAACGCCACGAAACAUAACCUCCUGAGAUAUGUCGGUGGGACCAUGAGUAUAGAGAUGGAAAUACCAAAAGUUUUGUGGCUGAAGAACAAUAUGCCCCGAGAGCUGUUCGACCGCUGCAAAUUUUACGACCUGACCGAUGCUCUGGAGCACUUGGCCACUGGCAACGAGAAGAGGAGCUACUGCAGUGUGGUCUGCAAACAAGGUUUUGUGCCUGUAGGCGUAGAUGGCAGUGUGAAAGGUUGGCAGGAAGACUUCUUAAAGGAAGUUGGUCUUGAAGACCUCUGUGAGGACAACUUUAAGCGCCUGGGAGGUGUCGAUGGAGUAAACGGAGAGUAUCUCUCCGCUGGUGAACUCGCUGGCGUCCUAUGCGAACGAGCAGCAACAGAGCUUGGUCUGCCUCCUGGCAUCGCAAUCGGUUCUGGAGUCAUCGAUGCCUAUGCUGGCUGGAUCGGCACUGUGGGAGCCAAGGUAAAGUUGUCAGAUGACCAGCUCGACACCGACAUUCCUAAAAACGACCAAGCACAAGCCUUCCACAGAUUAGCGGCGGUAGCAGGCACCUCGACCUGCCAUCUCGUCAUGUCCAAAGAGCCAGUCUUCGUCAACGGUGUCUGGGGUCCAUACCGAGACAGCAUCAUACCCGAUUACUGGAUGGCCGAGGGUGGCCAGUCUGCCACUGGUGAACUUCUCAAACAUGUGCUAGAAACACACCCUGCAUAUUCCCAAGCACUUUCGUCCGCCGAGUCACUCAACACGAACGUCUACGAUUAUCUGAACCAACAUCUUCUCGACCUAAAAGAAGCUCGCAACGCUCCGUCGUUAGCACAUCUCGGCAAGCACUUCUUCUUCUACGGCGAUCUAUUCGGCAACAGGUCUCCAAUCGCCGAUCCAAGCAUGUCAGGCAGCGUGGUCGGUCUAUCCUCAGAUAAAUCCAUCGACGGCCUCGCCCUCUACUACUAUGGCACAAUGGAGUUCAUAGCUCUGCAAACACUCCAGAUCGUCUCAACCAUGAACAAAGCUGGCCACCAAAUCACAUCCAUCUUCAUGUCCGGCUCGCAAUGCCAGAACGAGGUCCUCAUGUCCCUCAUCAGCACAGCAUGUGAUAUGCCAGUCCUGAUACCGAGAUACGUACACGCGGCUGUCUGUCACGGCGCUGCUAUGCUAGGUGCCAAGGCCGCUUCGGCUGAUGCAAAUGGCAAGACUGAAGAUUUGUGGAGUAUCAUGGAUCGCAUGAGUAAACCUGGUAAGACUGUGAAGCCUACGCCGACGAAGGGUGUCAAGGAGUUGUUGGAUGUUAAGUAUACUGUCUUUUUGGAGCAGUGUGAGCGACAGAGGGAGUUCAGGAAAAUGGUGGACGAUGUUGUCAGUAAGACGACUUAA